AUGUCAGGAGAUUGGGCAGCAAAAUUAGCAGUAGCACCAUCUACUAAUACUACCACAAGCACUGCUACUACCACAAGUACAAGUACAAAUACUACAACCCAGAAUAUUAAUCCAUCAUCAAAAAGUAAUAGUCCAUCAAUUGUCACUAAGAAGAAAUCAUCAUCACCCACUACUACUACAUCAUCACCGCCAAUAAAAAAGACAUCAACACCCGAAACUACUGAAUCACAACAACCACCAUUUAAUUCUCAAGAAGUAUUACAAUAUUUUAAUUCAAAUUUUUCAAAAUAUUUACAACAAGCAAAAGAAGAUAAACAAGGGGAACAUAUAAAGAUAUAUAGAUCAUUAGAAUCAUCAUCUCAAUGGACUACUAAGAUAUCUUCUUAUAGCUCUUCUACUGGUCAAGGUGGUAGUAGUGGCAAUGAAAGAACUAAACAUAGUGCUAAAGAUGUAAUUAGAAAUAAAAGUAAUACAACUAAUAAUACAUUAGAUUUAUUAUUUGAAAUUAAUCGAUCAAUUUAUCAACAAAAGUAA